AUGAACGAAAACCGCCCUCGACCAUGGAAUUCAUUUACGUGGAACCGCCGCUUUGGAACGCGACGACCAAGGCUCUAUGCCGGAGAAGACAAGCGCAUUUCCUUUGCUACUUUACAAACCGCUGAUAUUGUGAAGACGUUUCUGGGUGCAUGGCCGAACCCUUUAGAUCCACCUUGUCUAAACUUCAAGCAAAUCGAACAGUUUAUGACUGCUUCCCAUUUUCCCGACCCAAAUGUGAAGUCUCAACCGACUGGCUCUCCUCGCCUUGCACUUCUUGACGAUCGUAGAGAUCCGAUCGGACUGAACGAGCAGGGUAAGCCAAAUGGUCAGAUGAGAAAUUGGGACUCCGAAGAAUACGCCACGAACCCACCUUCGGGUGAAGAUGUUUUUCGCGAGGCCUUGGAUGAGAGCGGUUUGCAUGCAAAGUUCCAACAAAAUCUUCAUUACGAAUAUCACUCCUCAAUGCACUUUAGUGCUGGCAGUCAAUGUCGCUCGUACGGCUGCGACGAUCCUGACGCUAUACCUUCAGAGAUAUCUCUCGUUCCAAGUCAACUUCAGAAUGAAACUGGUGAGUCGGACGCACAUUAUAUCGGACUUGAUCGUUUAUCAAACCAGGAUGAUAAUUAUUUCGUGAUGGAAUUCCAUCUCCCAUACUAUGCCCUCAGGCUGGGAGAUCAGAUAUCAGAUCCGCGGAAUCUGCGACGCUCAUAUAAGAUGCUGGCACGAGAAGAUCGAGAAAGUGAACAAAUGUUCUACUACGAAGCCCAGAUCUCCUGCCUGAUAAUUGGAGUCGAUGACUUUUAUUGGACAGCUUAUUGUUGCGUGGACACCUUCUUUGGUAGCGAGACAACCCCUGAACGGUAUCUGACGCAGAACAUCGACGCUCCCCGUGGCGGCAAACUUGCAUCUUCUCCAGACUGGGAUCCUCGAGGAUACUUCCUCCAUGUGCUGUCACGUCGAUUUAUGCAAGUAACAGCAGAAUGGGGAAACCUUGUAAAUGAGCUCAAUGCGCGGCUCGACACUUACGAAAAUGCCUACCACGAUGUAAUUGACACAGACAAAUUCUUCGAUGAUGAAGCUCUCAGCCGCACAAAGUCCUACACAAGAGCAGUUUCCAUUCUCAGAAAAUUCCACGACUUGCUCAGCCUUACCCUGGAUUCUUUCCAAGAAUUUUCGCGAAACGAACUCAAAUACUUUGAGACCAGCAGUGAGGUUUUGGACAGGUUUUGGACUAGUUAUUUAGAAAGCGUUUUCGAAUCCACUGAAACGCUCCGACAUUGGCAAAGAAUGCUACUGCAAAAGAUCCAGACGUUUGAUCGGAUGAAGGAUGGGGUUGGUAAUCCACGCUUGCACGAGGUGGUCCCGUUGUCUAAUGGGUUUGACCAGCUUGUGAAUACUUCGGCCCUUCAAGAAAGUCGUCUUGCGACUAAACAAGGCAUUGACAUAGGAGUUCUGACAAACGUGACGGUGGUAAGGAUGGCUGCAGAUGCAACGGUAAGAUUGUUUUGCUGA